UUAUCCCGCCAGCAAGCAAGGGAGAUCACUCUGAGGAUAUAUUUCUUAAUACGUGUUGGGUCAGCGGCUGAAGUGCGAGUUGUCAAUUAUGGUUAACCCGUGCACAAACAAGGAAGACCUCCUGCAGUUACUACAAGAUCUCAAUAUCGAAUAUAAUAACGUCGAUCAUCCUCCGGUAUAUACGGUAGAAGAAGCACUUCCUCAUGUGAGUCAUCUAGAAGGCGUUUUUGCCAAAAAUCUUUUCCUGCGAGACAAGAAGAAAAAGCUGUGGUUAUUUUGUGCUACCCAUGAUGCUGACAUCAAGCUGAAUGACUUGGCCAAAUUAGUAAACGCACCUGGUGGCUUUCGCUUUGCUGACGAGUCCAUCUUGUUUGACACUCUUGGUCUGACUCAAGGUUCCGUUACAAUCUUUGGUCUUGUGAACGAUACUAAACAUGAUGUUAAAGUCAUUUUAGAUUCCAACCUACUUGAUGGUACAUACAGUACCAUCUAUUUUCAUCCAAUGGUGAACUCUGCAAGCACUGGUAUUUCAUCAAAAGACUUAGAAGUGUUUCUAGCAAAUACAGGGCAUAAACCUAUUGUAAUUAAUAUUCCAAAAUAAAAUGAAGUCUUAAGACAGAAUUUGUGUUUUUUUUACAAAUACGUUUUAUAAAAUAAACAUUUGUAAUCUUUAUAAAUAAAUUUUUAUGUGUACAAAA